AUGGCGCCGCGGAGCGAGACGCCGUCGGCGGGCGGCCGGGCUGAGCAGAUGCGGGAGCGGCUGGCCAAGAAGGCGGCGGAGAGGACGCAGGGCAGCCCGGUGAUCGUCUCGUCGCUCCCGGACCCCAGGGCGGUGGUGGUGGCCGGGGGCAAGUCCAUGGAGUGGGUGCUGUGGGCGCUGUCGGCGCUGCUCCUGCUGGUGGGGCUGCUCUACAGCCCCGCGCCCCUGGUGCUCUGCUCGGUGGCGCACACGGCGUGGUUCGCGAACUUCUCGCGCUCGGACCUGGCUUUCCAGCUGCGGGCGCUCCACUCCGUGGCCGCGGGGCUGGGCAUGGUGCCAGCGCUGCGCUUGCCCGUGUACGCGGCCCUCCUGGCGAACGUCGCUGCCUACCUGGCGCUCGGCUUCGACCUCCUUGAGCGGCUGCUGUACUGCAUCCCGGCGAACAGGCCCGAGAACCCCGAGCCGCUGAGCUUCGACUUCCUGCAGAGGCUGCUGACGGAGCCUCCGCCCACGAAGGGGAAGCCCUUCUCGGUGCGGGCCGCGAAGGGCGGCCCGGGCGUGGGCUCCGACGGCUUCGAGUACGGCACCUCCAGGGCGGAGCGCCGGAAAGUGCGGUGA